CCGGAAAGACCGACGAGGAGGGCGAAUGCUGAAACACAAGCGCCAGAGAGAUGACUUGGAAAGCAGAAGUGAGAUGGGGCCUUCAGGAGACAUGAGGGCCACCAACCUUUGGCCAAGCCCUCUCGUGAUAAAGCACACGAAGAAGAAUAGCCCUGCCUUGUCCUUUACAGCUGACCAAAUGGUCAGCGCCUUAUUGGAUGCUGAACCACCCUUAAUCUAUUCUGAAUAUGACCCUUCUAGACCCUUCAGUGAAGCUUCAAUGAUGGGCUUACUGACCAACCUGGCUGACAGGGAGCUGGUUCAUAUGAUCAACUGGGCAAAGCGUGUGCCAGGCUUUGGAGACUUAAAUCUCCAUGAUCAGGUCCACCUUCUAGAGUGUGCCUGGCUAGAGAUCCUGAUGAUUGGUCUUGUGUGGCGCUCCAUGGAACACCCAGGGAAGCUCCUGUUUGCUCCCAACUUGCUCCUGGACAGGAAUCAGGGUAAAUGUGUCGAGGGCAUGGUGGAGAUCUUUGACAUGUUGCUGGCUACAUCGACUCGCUUCCGCAUGAUGAACCUGCAAGGCGAAGAGUUUGUGUGCCUCAAAUCUAUCAUUUUGCUUAAUUCUGGAGUCUACACAUUUCUAUCCAGCACCUUAAAGUCUCUGGAAGAGAAGGACCACAUCCACCGCGUCCUGGACAAGAUCACAGACACUUUGAUCCAUCUGAUGGCCAAAGCUGGCCUGACUCUGCAGCAGCAGCAUCGUCGCCUGGCCCAGCUCCUCCUCAUUCUUUCCCACAUCCGGCACAUGAGUAACAAAGGCAUGGAGCAUCUCUACAACAUGAAGUGCAAGAAUGUCGUGCCCCUCUACGACCUGCUGCUGGAGAUGUUGGAUGCUCACCGCCUCCAUGCCCCGACCAGUCGCAUGGGAGUCUCCCCAGAGGAACCCAGCCAGAGCCAGCUGGCCACCACCAGCUCCACUUCAGCACAUUCCUUACAAACCUACUACAUGCCUGCAGAAGCUGAGGGGUUCCCCAACACGAUCUGAGAGCUCCCGGGCUAC